CGGACACAUCAUAUUACGAUCACUUUUCUAGGCGUUCCCUACCAAUCGAUCGUGCACGGCACAGCCGCAAAGGCCAGCCAAUGUGUAUGGAACAAUAUUAUCGUCUGUUUACAUCCUACCGAUAUCCUGGAAAAACGAAGGAUACGUUAGUAACCACAAGUGACAAUGAUCCUUUUGAUCCUGAGCAUAUCAUUGUGGUAUGUCUUGACCAGUUCUUCGUUAUGGAAGUGAUCUUCAAUGGAACACGUUUGUCAGAAGAGGAUAUUUACAACCAGUUGCGUCGCAUAACACAAUUUGCUGAAGAAGCUGUCAGUGGAGAUAACGAUUUGGGGGUUCAACCGAGAGUUGGAGCACUGACCGCCUUACCUAGAAACGAAUGGGCUGAGGUGUGGGAGCGAAUGGCAAAAGAUCCGCAAAACCAAGCGAAUCUCAAAGCUAUUACGAAAAGUAUGUUUGUGCUAUGUCUGGAUCAGCCAAUCGGUCCAGUUCGUGAGCUGGACGAGGAGGCUAACUUGAACGGAUCUAUUGAUGACCUGGCCGAGGCUCCUGCUGAGUACAGGCGAGACGAUGUGUCAUUGGCUUUGCAACUACUGCAUGGUUUUGGUAGUAAAUACAACGCCGCAAACCGCUGGUACGAUAAAACAAUGCAGUUCAUUGUUUCGAGAGAUGGGAAUUGUGGUCUCAAUUACGAACAUUCUGUGGCUGAAGGUAUAGCUGUAAUUCGGCUCACAGAGCACAUUCUCGAAUACAUGCAGGAAGUGAAGCGGUGGCGCCUCGUUCGAUUCCCCUCUGUUUGCGAUUUGGCGUUUCCAAAGCGCUUGGAGUGGAACCUCGAUGAAAAAACACAGGGGGUGAUAACGAAGGCUCUUCGAGAGAUUGAUCAAAUUGCCGAAGAUCUGGAUCUUUAUAUUUUGCGAUACAAUGAAUAUGGUCGAGAAUUUCCAAAAACGGUCAAUAUGAGUCCAGACUCAUUCAUUCAACUUGCUUUACAGUUGGCACAUUACAAGCUCCACAACUAUCUCGUCCCCACCUACGAGAGUGCAUCAACACGACGAUUCGUCCUAGCCCGUGUGGAUAACAUUCGUGCAUGUUCCAUGCCUGCAUUGGAAUGGUGUAAAGCAAUGACUGGACAAACUAGAUGCACCACGGAUGAGAAAAUACGGCUAUUGCGGAAGGCAAUGGAAUGGCAAACGGAGAUUAUGCUGGAGACUAUUCUCGGUCAUGGGGUGGAUAACCACUUGCUUGGACUACGUCAAAUCGCCAUCGAACAUGAUGGAAAACUCCCGAAGAUAUUCACUGACGAAACAUACAUGGAGGCCAACCGCUUUCGACUGUCCACCAGUCAGGUACCUACAACAAUGGACGCAUUCAUGUGUUACGGAGCCGUGGUCCCUAACGGUUAUGGGGCGGCCUACAAUCCACAUCCCAACUACAUAGUUACCGUCAUUUCUUGCUGGCGCACCAACCCGGAAAAUAGCGCGGCCAAAUUUGCCGAGAUGCUCACAGCUGCUUUCACAGAGAUGCGUGAUCUCGUUCUGUCCAACCCCCAGUUGGCCAAAGAGAUGUCGAAGGAGCCGGUGGAGUGGAGCAUAGCACGAUCACUUGGAGCCGACAUGACCUCAUCAUCCGCAGUUUGAUAGCAUCAACAUCUCUUCCCACCGUACUCCAUCCCAUUCUAAAACCACUUCACAUAUUGACUCAUUCAGAUUACCAAAUAGCUCUUCCGGAAAAACGCAUCAUCACUCUUUACUCAUUUGUCGGACAAAAACAUUUCUUAUUCUCUUAGAUACGACCAAAAAGCGUCGAAUGCAAGUUCCAUAAGCUAGCAGAUAUCCAGAUUAUUUGCGUAUAUACAUGCUCAUUUUCACACAAAUCCAUACAUGUGGAUACAUGUGAACAAAAUACGACAUUAAUUGGCUCAAGAGUGGUUAAC